GCCGGGGAACUUCGCGUCCUGUCCGCGCUCCCGGACGCCAAUAAAGUUGCGUUCCGAGCCCACCGGAAGACGGGUCGUCAUCCGCGACGCGCCGUCGUAAAAGCGCCGGUCUCCCAAGGCGACCGGUAACGCGGCGAAGAUGGCGGCUCUGGUGGCGGCGGAGGCCGCGGCGCCCGCAGGCCCGGCAGAGCCGGCCGAAGCGGCGGAGCUGAGCCGAGCCCUGAGCCGCCUGCUGCCCGGACUGGAGGCCGACAGCAAGCUGGGCCGGCGGCGUGCGCUCGAGGCGCUGCAGCGCGCCCUGGAGGCGGCGCGGCCCGACGCGCCAGCCGCCGAUCCCGCCGCCUUCCAGGGCCCCUGGGCCCGCUUGCUGCUGCCCCGGCUGCUACGCUGCCUGGCGGACCCGGCCGAGGGCUGCCGCGCGCUGGCCGCGCACCUGCUGGCCCUGGGCCUGCGGCGUGCUGCGCGGCCCCGCGACGCCCUGCCGCGCCUGCUUCCCGCGCUCGCCGCGCGCCUGGCAGGCCCCGAUCCCGCGCGCCGCCCGCCGCCUGAGGCUUGCGAGGAGUUGCGUCUAGCGCUGGUGCAGCUGCUACGGCUGGCGGUGGACCUGGGCGGUGCAGCGCUCGCGCCCCACCUGGACGACGCGGUGCGCGCGCUGCGCUGCACGCUGCUCGACCCCUUCUCGGCCGUGCGUCGCGAGAGCUGCGAGUGCGCGGCGGUCCUGGCGCGCGCCACGCCAGACCACUUCCACAUGCAGUCGGAGUCUCUUGUCGGCCCCCUGAUGCAGAGCAUCUCCCACCAGCACUGGAAGGUCCGUGUGGCUGUCAUCGAGGCCACCGGCACGGUGAUCCAGUUUGGCAGUGGGAAGUCAGUGGAUGACGUGCUUCCUCACUUUGCUCAGCGGCUCUUUGAUGACGUCCCCCAGGUGCGACAGGCGGUGACACGCGUGGUGGGGGGCUGGCUGCUGGACCUGCGGGACCGGUACUCCUUCUUCCACAAGCUCUUCCCCUUGCUGCUCAGCAGCCUCGACGACGAGAUGCCGCACAUCGCGGAUGAGGCCGCCAGCCUCUGGGAGAAGGUGGGGCUUCAGUGGCAGAAGGAGAAUGAGGAGGACCUCAAGGACAAGCUGGACUUCGCCUCUCCCCCUCCUGCCCAUCACCCCUCUCCAGAGCGGCGCCCGGGGCUGGGCUGUCGGGAGCUCGUCUUCAGAAACCUCUGCAAGAUACUUCCCGCCAUCUGUCACGACAUCACGGACUGGGUGGUGGCCACGCGGGUGAAGGCCGCGCAGCUGCUGGCCGUGCUGCUGCUGCACGCGGAGGACCACGCCACGCAGCACCUCGAGGUCCUGCUCCGGACCCUGCUGCUGGCCUGCGCGGACGAGGAGCCCGCCGUGGUGCGCAGCUGCACGCGGUGCGCGGAGCUGAUCGGGACGUUCGUCAGCCCGGAGGCCAUCCUGAAGCUCAUCUGGCCAAUGCUGAAGAAGUCGCCCUCUGCGUCCGGCCUCCUGGUGCUCGCUGCGGUUGUCCAGGGCUGCCCGAGGGAAACCCUGCAGCCGCACCUGAGGGCCAUCGCCACAGAGCUGGCGGGGACUCACGUCCGGCAGGGGUCUGAGGAGCUCCGCUACGGCCAGCACCUGCUGCUGUGUGUGCGGGCCCUGGUGUCUGUGAGCCGUGAGGACUGCCGGGGGUGCGGCUUGCCGCUCCUGCAAGUGCUGCUGACCGUGAUGGCGCUCCCAGGGGCUGCGAGCCUCGGCAACCAGGUUCAGGAGACCGUGGACAUGCUGGCCGCAGCAGAGGGCGGAAGUGACAGCCAGGACCUCUACCGUGAGCACACCGGGCCCCUCCUGGAGUGGCUGGCCGGGUCCCAGCCUGACUGGACCGCACACUCCCCAGAGCUCCUGCAGUUCAGCGAGCUGGUUGCCCAUGCAGGCCCUGCCCUGGGAGAAGCACUGCCCCAGCUGGUCCCCAUCCUCCGGAGCUGCCUGCAGCCUGACAGAGACCCCCAGAUGCGCCUGAAGCUCUUCUCCCUCCUGGCCCGGACGCUGCUGAGAGCAAAGGAGACUGUGGACUCCCAAGGGCAGUUCCACAGCUACCUUGACACCCUGGUAAAGGACAUCAUGGCCCCUAACCUGCAGUGGCGAGCAGGGAGGACGGCUGCUGCCAUCCGUACGGCCACCGUGUCUUGCCUCUGGACACUUGUCAGCAGCGACGUGCUAUCAGCCACACAGGCACAGGACGUGCGGGAGACGCUGGCUCCCCAGGUGCUGACCACCCUGGAGGAGGACUCACAGACGACUCGACUGACUUCGUGCCGAGUCAUCGACGCAUUUGUAAAAGCCUCUGGUGAUACAAUCGAUCCUGACAAAUUCAUCAAGAUUUAUCCUGAGCUGCUUAAGCGGCUGGAUGACACGUCCCACGAAGUGAGGCUGGCGGCAGCUUCCGCCCUGGCCAGCUGGCUGCAGUGCAUCGGGAGUGGCGCCGGGAAGUCUUACUACCAGAGCCACGUCCAGCACCUGUACCGGGAGCUCCUUGUGUACCUGGACGAUCCCGAGAGCGCCAUUCAGGACGCCGUCCUGGAGGUCCUCAAAGCCGGCGGCAGCCUGUUCCCCGACCUCCUGGUGCGAGAGGCGGAGGCAGUGGUCCACAAGCACCGCUCGCCCACUCGCUGUGAGCAGCUCCUGCGGCACGUGCAAGCCGGGCCGCCCACCCAGUGACCGCACUGCGGGGCCGGCUGGCAGCACCACCUCUGCAGGUGGGCUCGAACACCAGACCCCCGUCCCCACCAGGGUGAACCUGGUGGUCUUUACAGCUCACAGCAGCCAAGGACAUGAACGAGAAAACUGUGACAGCCAGAAGAAUGUGUUUCCUGAGAAAACCGCCCUCCACUUUUUGAGCCGCCCAGCAGUUUCUAAACUGAUAUUCAGCAGGUGGUCCUGUUCCUAUGGGCUGUCUGUGCAGGCCAUCGGCAGGCUGCCAGAAGUCCACGCUCACCCAAAAUGAAAACUGGACGUCAGCUGUGCACACUGCAGCACGACCUGUCCUCACUCUCCCUUUUUUGAAGGCGUGUGUGCUCCUAGGCUGGGGAUUGCUGCUUCUCUCACUUUAGCACCUGCUGCAGAAGUUCUUGACCAUUUCAGAAAAGCCAGAGAGAUGGAAAGGAGACUCCGUCCUUUGUUUGAUUCUGUCUGUCUGUGUGUCUGUCUGCUGGCCCCAGACACUUCAGUGAGCAGACUGAAGGGGAUGAGACCCUAAGAACUGUCAUUGGUGGAAAUCUCCCCACUUGAGAUGCACUGGAACUUAAGUGUGUUGUGGGUCUGUUCGGUCAGGUCUUGUUUAGGCCACUAAUGCUGACAGUGUUGAAAAGAGACUGUUUAAUCAGAUUUCAGUUGCUCUCUUAUAAAGAGCAGUAAAGUAAAAUUGUAUUUUAUUCUCUAGCACUCUCUACACCCAAGUGCCUGAAAAAUUUCACCGUAAGUGGUUUUUAUUUCUACAAGCCAAAUACAUAUGUUAACACAAGGGGGGAAAUGCUGUAUUUUCCAACAAUCAAAUAUUAAUGUUUAUGCUUUGGUGUUUGAAACUUAAUUAAAAUAUUUAUUGUAAUCA